AUCCUCGUCAUACUGCAGUGGAACUUUAUCGAGUGCGGACGCGUUUCUUCGGUUCUUUUUCCGGGCACACCACACACACAACUGUCCCACAAUUCCAACAAAAACUAAAAUCAGCAUUGAAAAAGACCCGAUUCCUUGCACGAAUCUGCACAUCCAUUAAUACAUCUGCUCGCUGAACCUGUCUUCUCGAUACCCAAUCUACUUAAAAGUGACCAGUGCAUAUUAAUCGUUAGACAAAAUCGCAAAUCAAUCGGUCUCGCUAUUCAGACGUGUGUGUAUUUUUUGAAUCUAUCAACUAAAACGGGUACCGUAAGUGAACCUGUUUUUUCCCAGCCUCUGUAUACCACCGAAAAAUAAUGAAAACAUAAUCGAAAAGCCAAAUUCCUGUUGCUGAUGGAUUAAACGUUAUUUCUUCAUCUUGGAAGCUUGUGAUAAAACAUCCGAAAAAAAAGGAUAAUUAUGUGCUGGUAGUGUAACAGAGGAACGAGAGAAGAAUUAUCCCACCAGAACGACGACACGACUGAACAGCGCUUACCGUUUUGGAACCAUCAUCGCCUGUGGUGCUUAUUUAUCUUGCGUUGAAACGAAGAAAGUUGUCCACCACGCGAACGGACCCGUGGGAAAUUAUUCUCAGCAGGACAACGAGCACCCCUCCGACGUCGACGCAGCAUGGAUGGUGGAAACAAGAAGAACACUGUUUCGGAGUUUAGCUACAUGCUGCAGAGACAAGGCAGCGAUGACUCAACCGGGGCAGCCGCUUUCGACGAUAUCGACUCCUUGAUGAAGAACGAACAAUCGAAGACAGAUUCGCUUUCGUCGCUGCCGCAGGCAUCAUUCAACUACAUCAACUCGAUAGUCGGCAGCGGAGUUAUUGGCAUUCCGUACGCACUCCACCGGGCCGGUUUCGGUCUGGGGCUGUUCCUGUUGGUAUUAGUGGCUGUGAUAACGGAUUACUCGCUGAUACUAAUGGUGCGAUGCGGUCAUCUGUGUGGAAGAUUCAGCUAUCCCGGUGUGAUGGAGGCCGCCUACGGAAAAGGAGGCUACUACCUUCUGUCGCUGCUGCAGUUCAUGUAUCCAUUUCUUGCGAUGAUAUCCUACAACGUGGUCGUCGGUGACACGCUUUCCAAGGUGCUGGUACGGCUCGUACCCUCCUGGGGCAACGCGAUGGGAGCGGUGCGCUUCGGAGUGGUCCUGGUCGUCACCGUGUUCGUGAUAAUUCCGCUCUGCCUGUACAAGAACGUCUCCCGGCUGGCGAAGGCGAGCUUUCUCAGCUUGGCCUGCGUGGUCAUCAUCCUGAUCGCGGUCGUGUACAAACUGCUAUCCGGGGAUUACCAAGUCGUCCCGGAUACUCCCGAAUCGUGGCGGUUUGCCCACGGCGAUGUCAUCCCAGCGGUUGGAAUAAUGGCUUUUGCUUUCAUGUGUCAUCACAACACAUUCCUGGUGUAUCAUUCGAUGCGGGACGCCACCCUGGAACGGUGGGAAAAGAUGACCCAUUUCUCGGUUGGCUGCGCCUGGAUGGUGGCCGUCUUCUUCGGCAUUGCCGGUUACUGCACGUUUCGGGCACUUUCGCAGGGUGACCUGCUGGAAAACUACUGCUGGGACGACGACCUGAUGAACUUCUCCCGGGUGCUGUUCUCCGUGUCGAUUCUGUUGACCUUCCCCAUCGAGUGUUUCGUAUCGCGGGAAAUCGUCCGCACACAAAUCAAACGAUUCUAUUCCCGAGAAGUGGUAGAGUAUGACGCCGACAAGGACCCAACCCACGAAACCGGCAACGACGACGACCAGAAAUCCGUGGUCACAACACUGGUUAUCGUGUUCGCAGCGUUCAUAAUUUCUCCGUACACGGAAUGCCUCGGUCCUGUGCUGGAACUGAAUGGUCUGCUGGCAGCAAUACCACUAGCCUACGUUCUACCAGGGCUAGCCUACAUCCAGCUGAGCCCACAUUCGCUGUUCAGCCAGGAGAAAAUACCGGCCGCCGGGCUGGUGCUGUUCGGCACGAUUGUCACCGUUUCCGGCGCUGCACUGCUGAUGCCGAAUCUGAUUGGCGACUGCAGGACAGGCAUCAUUAUGGGCUACUGCCGGGAGGACGAAUUGGCCAUCAACGGUACGGCGGGCAUGGGCCCGACAACACCGGUGGCCUGCACUACCGAGAGGGCUUAAGGUGCUGUAACGAGAAAGGCGGUUAGGGAGAGCGGGGUUCGAUGCAUGAGGGUAAUAACAAAUGCGAGGGUGUUUCGAAUGUGGAAAGUACGGUGUGAGCAAAGCUUUUAGAUAUUAGGUGCUAAACACGGAGGACAGGCACAAUUUCUCUUGUAUGUACAUAUCGUGCUCUGUGCAAAUGUGCAUCUCGUAAAUUUAAUAUGCGAAAACAGCAACUGACUUCCCAUUGUUUUAACAUUUCCAUCACUGAUCCCGGUGGAACAUACUUUGACAACAAGCGACAAUUGUUGCCGAAUGCAUUAUGCAUACUUUCAAAUGCUUGCAAAUGUCGUGUUAUCACGUAUAGAUACCAAAAUAAGUUUGCAAGUCUGUCCGAUUAGAUUUUGAUUCACAGUAUACAAGAGAGUUUGUAACUGAAAUCACAAGCGUAAGGAAGCUACACAAUAAAGCAGCGUGUAUGGGACAUGUAGCAGCCAACUAUUAUUCAAGCGGUGCGUGGGAGCCUAAUUUAAAAUUUUUUUUAUGAAAACCCGUAUUUCAUUACUAUAGUAUACCAUUCCGUUGCGGAACUUGACCCCUUUCGACAGAUCACAGCCGAUUCUUGCCCAACUGGAUAAUUGAAGAGCUGUAUAUCAAUAAACCGCACUUCAUGCACAUAUUAAAUACCCAUCCAAACUGAGUUGGCUGUAUUAAUCAAAAUCAAACCAAACCGUUCCGUCAAUCAGUUUAGCCGUUCCGUCUAUCAGUUUAGCGAAACUUGGUAAGUGAUUGCAGAUAGUUUUGGAGAAAAUCAUUGCUUCGUAAAAUAUUGAAAAUCUAUAUAAAGAGAUCGACAGAGAGAACUAAUCAAAGAAUAUAUACUAAUUUAGUAUACUAAAGAGCAAAAGCAAACUAACUACUUUGACGUUUGCGAUAAACGAUGCAAAAGACUAAAUACACACGUGAUUGCAAUUAGUUUUAUUCAGUGGAAUAUUAAAUCGACAUUUAUUUAAUUAAUUUGGGACCAAUGAGUACAUCGUUCGAGUCUAAGAUCACACAUCAUCCAAAAUAUUCAUUUAUAAGAAUGAGUUCGCUACUACACGAUGCAAAGUCAGAUGUAUAUGUAUCUAGAUUCAGUUGAACAUUUAAAAUUUAUUGAAACAAUCAAAGCUUUAAGUACCUGCUAAUCUACGAACUACUGUGAAAUUUCUAACACAGUUUAAAUAUUCUGUAUAACGACGUAUAUUUUUGUUCCGAAUAACUACAAUCAAAUGAUAAACUUGUUUAGGGAAAAAAAACUAACUAUUUUCAACACUUGUGAGAAUUGUUUUUUGUAUGUCACCAGAAAAAUAAUGUCAAAAAUUGUCUUUCAAACUAAUAAAUAUAAAAUAAUAUUGAAAGGUUCAGCCACAGAUAACAGACGUUUAGGCUAGAACAAAAUUUCUUCAAAAACCUGUGUAAACUUUCAAAUUGAUAUACGUUGAAAAUUCGUGUUUCACUAUUGCCAUCUGCGCAACUGUUUUCUACACGUGUUUGACAGCUGCACUCUAACUACAUUGUAGUGAUCACUGCGCCAUCUGCAAACGUUUGCCAAACAUGUUUCAGACGUCUGAUUUAUUCGGAAUUUCAGUAGCGGGUAUUUACACACGAUUCAAAUCGAGCCUAAACGUCUGUUAUCUGUGGUUCAGCUUUUGAACUUGAUUGUAAUAACUGUAGACUAUCUUAGCUAUGCGACAGCUGCUUGUCACACAUGCAAGUAUUUCACUGUCGCACAGAAGAAAUAUUAAGGGAACAGCAAAAACCAAUACCAUAUCGAUGCAAGGUAAGGAAAGAUAUCGACUAAGUCUUUUCGCGGAUAGAAGAAUCAAAACGAAUACUAAUACCAAACACGAGAGAUUAUAGAACAGUUACAUGCUACAAAAAAUUCUAUUGUGAAACAAAAGCUAUAUCUAAUGAAAAUAAUGAGUAAACUAUAUAUAUGAGAAAACAAAGCACUGAUUUCGUACUGCACCAAAGCCUAGAUGUAGUUGUAACUGGUAACAGCCGGAGAAGCGCCUGAAUACAGGCGCCAUACAAGUUUAUUAUAUAGUAAACAACUCGUACGCUAUCGGCGCAUAGCAAUUCAACGAAAAUCAUUGGGUUCACAAUGUUAGCCUAUAAUUUUUGAUAGAAGUAAUACUUCUAGAAAAUAUACACAAACACACGGAUUUUUUUUUUCGAAAACCGUUCAAAGCAACAUGAUGCAUUAUUCAUUUACGACUUUGUACCUUUUUUCCGGAGAUGCAUCCAUUUAAUCCAUCAGUAAAUGUUGGGGAUGAUUGAAUUGUUACAGCCAAUGAGAGAUAUAAGGAAUUGAACAGGUCAUGUAUUUUUCAGCAAAUUGUUACGACAGUACACACGAAGCAAAAUAAGAACUAGUAUAGUAAAUAUUAGGAAAAUAUAGCAAUGAUGAUAUUUUAAUAAAACUCUUGAUAUUUGUCGAAAACUGAGAAAGUAUUGUAUUUCAGUAUAGCUAUAUAUAUUUUAGGCGGAGAGACAAGAUUAUGAAAAUAUUUAUUAAAAAUAUCAACUGCAUGAAUCGGUAGCAAUGAUAAAUGGCAACUAAUAAUAGAGUAAAACAGAAAUAAAUAUGUGAACUCUC